AUGAGGACCACUGCCACUCUGCUCUUUCUCUGUUUUUGGGUAAACACCGGCAUCUAUGUUGUUCAGUCAGGUUCAAAAUGCGGAGUUCCUCAGGUGAGGAGCCCAAUGGUUCCCUCUCUGAGGGUGGUUGGAGGGUCCGAAGCCACAUAUGGAUCACACCCAUGGCUGGUGUCUCUGCGGAAUAAGGGCUCUCAUUUCUGUGGAGGGGCCAUCCUGACGGGCCGCUGGAUAAUGACAGCUGCUCAUUGCUUUGCAUCAACCUCAAAAGAGUUUCUCAGUGGUGUAACAGUAGCAGUGGGAGAGUUUGACCAGAGAGUACAUGAUGAAGAGGAACAGGUCUUUCUCAUCAAGUCUAUCUCAGUCCAUGAGAAAUACCAUCAUGCUUCACCUAUGAGCUAUGACAUAGCACUGGUAGAGCUGGAUCAACACAUUCGACUAGGAGCCCAUGUCCAGCCAAUAUGUCUACCUUUACCUGAUGAGAACAUCUUACCUGAAACCAGUUGCAUUGUGGGCGGAUGGGGCAGGAUAAAGGAAAGGGGUCGUCUCCCUGCUGUACUGAGAGAGGUCCAGUUGGACUUGGUUGAUCCAGCCAAGUGUAAAUAUGUCCUCCAGACUGUCAAAAAGGCAACUCUGAACCAGGGACCAGUGCGGCCUCAGGCAGCCCUGACAGUUUUUUGUGCAGGACCAGAGAGAGGAGGGAGAGAUGCCUGCCAGGGGGACUCUGGGGGUCCUCUGGUAUGUCCGGCAAGGUCAGGCAGUGGUCAAUGGGAGGCAUUGGGCGUAACUUCCUGGGGUAAGGGAUGUGGUCGUAGCUGGGGAAACAACAGCAGCCGCCCCCCUUCCAGGAGAGGAUCUCCAGGGGUUUUCACUGAUGUGAGGCUGCUGCUGCCCUGGAUCAAACGCAAGCUGAGAGAGGUCAUUAACUUUGCGGGUAGCAUUCAGUGGGUUUUUAGACCUUUUAAAGCUGAUAAGAAAUGCUCACUGUGGCUAAAAUCCAGAUUGCUGAUGAGCAGCAGCGGGGCGCGACUUUAUCGAUGUGUGUGUGUGUGUAUGUGGGUGUGUAAUUCAGGACUCUGCGGCGUGAGAGAUGGGCCUGUAACUGACAGUGAGGGGAUGAUUAGAAACCCCGCCCUCCCUGGUGAUCACUAUGAAGACAACGAACUGUGUGUGUGGAGCAUCGCUGUUCCUCCAGGUUAUAGUAUUCUGUUGGAGUUUCAUCAUUUUAAUUUGGAAAAUGACUCAUACUGUCGCUACGAUCGACUAACUGUUUCAGUAGGGAGCCGUAAGCCUGUUGGGAUAUUCUGUGGAGGCGUCCUCCCUGGCCCAGUGCUUCUGAAUAAUUCCCUGAAUGCAACACUUCUCUUCUCCUCUGACAUUAGCGGCACAGGAAGCGGCUUUGUCGUCGAGCAUCGUGCUGUAAAGGGACACUCUGAUCCUGGAUGUGGUACAGUUGUUCUGCUUGAGGAUCAGGCUGCUGUCCAUAGCCCAAAUCACCCACAAUUCUACAGUAAUGACUGUGUCCUCCGCUGGGUGGUGUAUGCUCCUGCAGGUCAUGUUAUUAAGCUGGACUUUGCUGAUUUCAACUUGGAGGAGUCAGACAGAUGUUUGUACGAUUCCCUCACUGUCCUGGCAGAUGUGGAGGGAACAGAGGAGAUAGCCGUGCUGUGCGGUGGCAGUGUCCCUCCCCCCGUCCUGUCCUACCACAACGUCAUGGUGCUGCAGUUCAGCUCAGACAGCAGCAUCAUACACAGAGGCUUCAGGGCGACUCUAGCAUUCAUUAGCCAUACAGGUGGCACAGAUCUUCAUGAUGAUGACAGAACAGGUGUGGAGGGUCAAAGAGACGGUCGACGAAGGCACCGAGAUGAUUUGCCAACCAACCAGGAACAUGUACCAUCAUAUGUGAACUUGGAUGCAGCAGAUGCAGGUGUGCAGCAGUCCAACAGCAGAGUCCUGUUCCAGGAGGGUGAUGUGGACCUUGAGACCCCAGAGGAGCCUAGAGUACAUGUGGACACGGGCUUAGACGAUGAGGACUAUAGUAAAGAAGGCUCAGGAAUGGAUCACUGA